AUGAAUUUUAUAAGUUCAGACGCUUACGAUAGCGACGAGAUUGUCGUGAAAUGGAAUGGGCCCAAUCCAGUUGAUGUGAACCCAGAGAUUCGAAUGCCAGAUAUGCGAUUGCGUUACAUUCUUCCUACAUUACGGAACGAUACCUACGCAACAGGAAUCUGGUCUUGCGCAUUGGCUGAGUUCCAUGUUGAUCGCGAAAUUAUGCACCAUAUCAUACAAGUACGUUUUUUACAACACCUUGCUCACUUCUACCUUGCUUCUUUCAAAUGUGCAAACUUCAGAGUUUUGAAGUUGACAGAGUCCUUAUUGAAUCUUUAUGUCCACGUUCGAGGAUAGCU